CCCAUGAUGAGUAGCUGGCUGCGUCGUUCGCCGACGUCACAGAAUGCGCCAGUUCCACUCAUACCGGCAUGGUCGCGGCGGAGCUCAACUGAACUGAGAAAGGAACGAAUCAGUUCAUGAAGUGAUUCGGUUCAGUACGUUCACUCAAAAGAUUCGUUCGUUCGAACGAAUCGUUCGCGAACGACACAACAUUACCACAUAGAAAAAAAAAAGAAGAAGAAGAAGAUUUCAUGUUUGGGCACUACCACAGACAUAAAACAGCAUUGUCGCCUUUAAGUCUGCGUUUAUCCUUCAUUUCCACAUGUUUACUAAUUCGACUAUCGUGUGUCGAACUACACUUUAUUCAUUCUUCGUGUCAGUUUAAACUCGACUCGUCGCUGUGAACUUUGAAGCUUCUCAGGUUAGCUUAGCUUAGCUCGCCAGUUAGCUUAGCUUGCUAGCUGCUAACAAAGAGACGUGGAAGUGAGCAACACAUCUCUAAAGAGAUCCCAUCUGAGUGCAAAGUGUUGUGAUUGUGUGAAAAUGUGCGAUAGAACGAUAUCGGAAUCCGAGGGGGAACUUUCUCGAACAAAAGAGGAGAACGAGCGACAACGUCAACUACUGGACGCUGUUUUCAAGAAGCCUCAAGUUGUCCUACUCAGAACAGAUGUGCAGCAGUUGAAAGAAAGUCCCCCUAAAUCACAGGGGGGGAACUCCACUUUGAAGCAGGAGGAUCCGCAGCCCCCCCACAUUAAAGAGGAAGAGGAGGGAGAGUGUCUUCUAGGGCAGGAGGAGGCGGAUCUCACCAAGUUUCCACUGACUGUUGUCUGUGUGAAGACUGAAGACCAUGAAGACAAACCACCUGAGUCCUCACAGCUUCAUCACAGUCCAAACGUCCAGCAGCUGAUUGGUCAUCAAGAAGAACCUCUCUCUCUGUUGCUGAUGGUGAGCUCCCCUUUGAAGCAGGAGAAUCCACAGCCCCCCCACAUUAAAGCGGAAGAGGAGGAACUCUGCAUCACUCAGGAGGGAGAGUGUCUUCUAGGAGAGGAGGAGGCUGAUCUUACCAACUUUCUGACAGUUGUGUCUGUGAAGACUGAAGACCAUGAAGACAAACCACCUGAGUCCUCACAGCUUCAUCACAGUCCAAGUGAGGAGAAGAGAGAGGUGGAGCCUCCAAGCAGCAGCUCACCACAACACAUGACAACAGAAGGUGAUGGAGACCACAGUGGAGGAUCACAAGCAGACAACCUCUUAGCUCCACUAUCAGAUAGUGACGACUCAACGUCACACGUUGAUGUAAAUAUGGAAUCACACAUGAAAACACACACAGGGGAAAAAACUUUCAGUUGUACAAUUUGUGGUAAAAUAUUAUCUCACCAAUAUAAUAUCCUGUCACAUAUGAAAACACACACAGGAGAAAAACCUUUCCGUUGUUCAGUUUGCAGUAAAAUAUUCUCCCAAAGAGGAAAUAUGACAAGACACAUGAGAACACACACAGGAGAAAAACCUUUCAGUUGUUCAGUUUGUGCAAAAGACUUUGGUACAAACUCUCAUUUGACUCAACACAUGCGAACACACACCGGAGAAAAAUCUUUUAUUUGCCCCAACUGUGGCAAAAGGUUUUCUCAAAGAAGAACAAUGCUGUCACACAUGAAAACACACACAGGAGAACGACCUUUCAGUUGUUCAGUUUGUGAUCAAAUAUUUUCCAGAAAAUGUAAUAUGCAAAUACACAUGAGAACACACACAGGAGAUAAACCAUUCCGUUGUUCAGUUUGCAGUAAGAUAUUUUCCACAAAAAGUAAUAUGCAAAUACACAUGAGAACACACACAGGAGAAAAGCCUUUCAAUUGUUCAGUUUGCGGUAAAAUAUUUUCCAAUAAAAGCAUUAUGCAAAGACACAUGAGAACACAUACAGGAGAAAAAAAUUAUAUUUGUUCAGUUUGUCCAAAAGGCUUUGGUUCAACCUCUGACUUGACUCAACACAUGCGAACGCACACUGGAGAAAAACCUUUUAUCUGCGCAAACUGUGGCAAAAUGUUUUCUCAAAGGAGAACAAUGCUGUCACACAUGAGAACACACACAGGAGAAAAACCUUUCAGUUGUUUAGUUUGCAGUAAAAUCAUUUCCCAUAAAAGUAAUUUGCAAAGACACAUGAGAACACACACAGGAGAAAAACCUUUCAGUUGUUCAGUGUGUGGCAAAAUGUUCUCCAAAAAAAGUAGUAUACAAAUACACAUGAGCAGACACAUAGGAAAAAAAACGUUCUGUUGUUUGGUGUGUGAUAAAAGAUACACUGAGAAAAGUAAAAUGCAAAGACACACGAGAACGCACACAGGAGAAAAACCUUUUGUUUGUUCAGUCUGCGAUAAAGGAUUCUCCUGCAAACGUAAUAUGCAAACACACAUGAGAACACACACGGGAGAAAAACCUUUCACUUGUUCAGUCUGUGAUAAAAGAUUCUCUUUCAAAGGUAAUAUGCAAACCCACAUGAGAACACACACAGGAGAAAAACCUUUUAGUUGUUCAGUGUGUGGUGAACGAUCCUCUCACAAACAAAUAAUGCAAAUACACAUGAGAACACACACAGGAGAAUAGCGUUUUCUUUUUGGAAGUCCUCUUUGAAUGGACUCCUGCGGAGUCACUAAUGGUCUACUGCAAGGCUUCUUUGAAGUCUGGACUGCGUUCCAGAGCCAGACAACAAGUCAGUGGGGACCCAGCCAACCCACUUUAAGUUAAGAAUUUCCAAUCAAUAUCAAAUACAGUGUUUUUAAAUAUGAUCCACUAGAUCCUUUAAAGGGGAACUGCACUUUUUUGGAAUGCUGUCUAUCAUUCGCAAUCCUUAUGUAAGACAAGCACUCAUAUUUUCCUUUUUUAUGAAUUCUAUCUAGUAAAUAAAUGCUUGCAAGACUAGAUAACCCUGAGCCUGAGUAUAUGCAGAAUGUGUUACAAGUUUUAGAAGCUGAGUGAUAAGCAGAUCCAAAAAGUAGCAGUAUUGCUAAGUGCUUAACAAGACAUACAAACAACAAAAAUAAUUAAACAAGCACUUACUCUACAAUGUCUGCUCCCACUGGAAAGUCGACUAAUGGAAUGUUCAUAUCUUCCCAUUCGAAUGAAGAAAUCACAAUUCUCACGCAUAUAUUGCUUUAUUCAUUAUAGAAAUGUUUCUUGACACCUUAUGUUGUAUAUUUUUAUAUGGGAUUUCCAGUUCGUUUUGCCAUCUAUUAUUUCGCCCAAAAUGUGAUUUAUUGUACUCUUUCAAUGUCUACUUCAUCUAUUUGUGUUUGGGUUUGACUAUCCCUUCUACUGUUACGGAAUAGCACUAUUUAGUUGUCUUAAAAUAGUACUAAUUUCAAGUCCUUUGUAACUUUACAAAUGUUGUUUAUAUGAAGCUUGAACCAUUUUGGUCUCAGUGUUGAUCCCUGGGGUACACCACAAAAUAUAUUUAGCACUGUAUUUGCCUAACUUCACAUAUUGCUUCUUGUUGGUUAGGUAGCUUCUUAGCCAGUUUAAGACCAGCCGUCUGAUGUCGUACCGUUUUUAAUUUGUUUUGUAAACCCUGCAGGCGGGAUAAAAAAGCCGUCAUGAGUUGAGGACACUUCUGCUCAAAUGUGUGAUAUUCAGGUAGCAAUCAUCUAUGAUCAUGUCAUGAGAAAUAUUAUUUUUAGACCAAAAGGUGCUGAGUGAGUUCGUUAUUGUUUUUGUUUUAAAUGUUAGUCUGCCCAGAGACAACAGGCGGCAAUUAUAAUUUGACUAGAAUCUGACACAUUUACAUAUUUUGUAUAUUUUCCAUUAAUAUUUACUGUCCCUAUUUAAAAUAAAUA